UGGUCUUUGGACAAAACCACAAAGAAGAAAGUUGUGAAGGAAAACAGAAAGAAAGCAUCAAUGAAGCUAAUCUACUGCUCCAUUCUCUGCAUCUUGCUAUCAAGCAUCCUCCAACGACACUUAACCGCUGAUGUUGCCUCUGUCGAGGGGACAUGCAAGGCGGCAGCAGCGAGGAACCGGGCUGUGAACUAUGACUUCUGUGUCACACACUUUCUAAGGCACCCAUGGAGUGGAGACGUUGACGAGCGCGGCCUCGCUAACAUCGCUGGCACCUUGGCAAUUGACGCAGCCUACAAUGGUCAGAGCACAAUCCAGUCUCUUCUCCAGAAGAAACCAGUGGACUCAGCCACUGUUUCAGGCUUGCAACAUUGCAAGGCCCUGUACAAUAAAAUGCUAUUCACUCUAGCUGAUGCUGUUGACAAUAUAAAUAGUAGGCAGGAUGAGGUGGCAAAGAACUGCCUUACGAUGGCCAUCAGUCAAGCUAAAAGUUGUGAGCAGGGAUUCAUAGAGGCAAGGAAGAAAUCACCCUUAACUCAAGAGAAUACAGAAGCUAUAGGGUUGUCUACUGUUGCUAUGACCAUACUAGACCUUCUGAAACAUAACUGAGAUGUAUUUGUAUCUUCAAAAUGUUGGUGUUUGUACUAAUAAUGCUAUAAUGGCUUAACUUCUAUUAACUUCUACUAUUGUUCUAUAAAAUGACUGAAAUUCUCAGAGA